AUGGGACUCACCAUUGUCAAAUUCAAUGAUGAGGCUACUCGAGAUUUAGUGCUGGAAACUAGAAUUGUGCAGUUUGAUAAGAAACCAGUUAUAGUGCGACCCUGGACUCAAGAUUUAGACACAGUGAGGUUAGUUUGUUCUGUGCCUCUUUGGAUCAGAUUACCUAAUCUAGGGCUUCAAUAUUGGGGCCAAAAAUUCCUUAGUGCCUUAGUUAGCACCAUAAGGAAACCAAUUAUGGUGGACAAGUUCACUAAAGAAAGAUCCAUGAUUAGAUUUACUAGAGUUUUGGUUGAAAUGGAGAUAACAGAUGAUCCCCCGUUUAUUAUUUACUUUGUGAAUGGGAAAGGCAAAGUGCAAGAACAGUUUGUUGAGUAUGAAUGGCUCCCCAUCAAAUGUAACAAUUGGAAGGGCUUUGGCCAUAACAUGGCAGAAUGCAAGAAAAAUGGUCUAAAAACUUGGGCAAAGAAGAGUGUGAUUGAAAAGAAGACUACUGAAAGUAAUGUUGAAACUGAGAUUAAGGCAACUGCUGAAGUUUCAGGGGAUUCAGCUGGGGAACCUAAUGCUACUAAGGAAUCUGGUGGGAAACAAGAAGAGGCGGGGGUAGAGAUUCAAAGGGCAGCUAAGGAAGGGGAAAAUAAACAGAAAAAUCUCUUAACUCUUGAGCAAGAUAACAAAGAAAAUUGGGAGAUUCCUAAGAGAGUUGGGAUCUCAAAGAUCAUAGGGAAGUCAGUGGUGACUGAUUCAGCUAAAAUACAGAAUGCUUUCAAUGUUCUUCAGAAACAGGGGAAAGGAGAGAAAAAAGGGAUAUCAACUCAUUCAGAGGUUGAUGGACUGCUCCAAUAUAAUUAG